GGUUGGCUGCCUUGCAAAUUAUGAUGACGCAGAAAGGAGAUAACGUGACAGAAGAGGACCUUAAAGAAUUACAACUUAAUGCGUGUUCCAUAAAGGAUUUUGGUGAAUACGAUAAUGAAAAUAAAAACAAGAAUAUUCGAAAGCGAAAGUAUAUUGGAAAUAUCGUCGCAGUGAAAAAACUGGAUAAUCCUGAUUUACAACUGAAGAAAGUUGCCAAGCAAGCAAAAAUCGUUAAAUUACUAAGCGCUUGUGAUCACAUCGAAAAAUUCUACGGUAUCUACGAAGAACAAAUGGAGGGAAAAAAUUACCUCUUCGUAGUCACCAAAUGGAUGGAAAAUGGAAAUCUCAAGGGAUAUUUAGCCAAUAAAAAACAGAUUCCGUGGAGUACCAAACUUAAUAUCGCAUACCAAAUUGCCUUGGCUCUCGAAUUUUGCAACGAUGCUAGCGUUUAUCAUCGAGACGUUAGAAGUUUUGCGGUCCUUCUCUGGGAAAUUUCUUCACAUAAAAUUCCAUUUGAUGAAAUCGAUAAUCCCAUAAAAGCGAGUGAAAAGGCUAAAGCGGGAGGACGCCCCGGCCCAUUUUCGAAUGGCACACCACAACAAUAUAAGGAAUUGAUUGAGAAGGCCUGGCACGAAAACCACAUGAAACGUCCGGCAAUUUCAGAAGUGGGAGAACAACUUGAAAAUAUGCUAAAAAUAGUGAGAAAAGGGAGAAAUAAACUACUAACUCGAAGUGAUACUUCAGCAUCCCUUAUAGAUGAAUCGGAGGAUAUGACAUCAAAUAACUCGCUCGGCAUCAAAGAAGCAAUAUCUCUUUAUGAAAAUGACGAAUGCAAAAAGGCUUUCCCCCAUUUCCUAAAACUAGCACGAGAUGGUGACCCUGAAGCCUCAUAUUACGCGGGUCUUUGUCUAUUUUAUGAAAAAGGUGGUAUUAAAAAAGAUGAGAUCCAAGCUUUACAAUUAUUUCAAAAAUCGGCUGAAAAUAAUCAUGUAGGAGGCCAGUACAUGUACGCUUAUGCAUGUCUUAGAGGCACCUAUUUUUCUAAAGAAGAGGGUCUAAAAUAUCUUAAAAAAUCCGCUCUUAUUCAUAAACACCCCGAUGCCUUAUACAUGGUUUCUCAGCUAUUCUUGAAUGGUGAUCUCGGUUAUCCUGUUGACGAUAAGAAAUAUAAGGAAUACUUAGAAAAGGCCGCGCAAGCUGGGUCUACGAAAGCAAUAGAGGAACUCAUGAAGGAAUUGAUAACCAUUAUACGAAAAUAUAAAGACAAUCUUUAUUAUUGCGCAUGCAGACAUUCUCGUAUAAAAGGACCCCUUCACCUUCAUCCUGAAAGUUCCCCCACUGCCAAAUUAAACUUGAGAACAAGUAUGGCUGAGACUAAUUCAGUGACCUCGGGAACAACGGAUAUAGCAUCCGUGGAAAUCAACAAAGAAGAUCUCAUAAUAAAAUCAAUUUAUAAACUCUCGGAAGAUUUAAUCGGUUUUUUAAAUAAACCGGAGGGAUACGACGUAAAACUAGAGAUCGGAAAGGAACCAGAUGUUGAAGAAUUUUACGCGCACUCAGCCAUUCUUCGAGCUAGGUCUUCUUAUUUUUAUAAAGCCUUAUCCAAGAAUCUGGAUAAAGAAAAUACCACUACCGACAAUGAUGGAGGCAGCACUGUGGCUUACAUCUACACGGCAAUAUCAAAAACAUUUUUCAUGACUGGCACGGAGGAAGGUAAUGUUGUCAUUUUUAAAAAAGAAAACAUUGCCCCAAAAGCCUUCCGACUCCUUCUAAAUAUCAUAUACGGCGGAUCUGCUAAAAUGAGUGGAUUGACACCACCCGAAUUUCUGGAACUUCUCGAAGCAUAUGACGAAUUAGGCAUCCAAGGAUUUGAUGAUUAUUUACAACAAUACUUUCUCGAAAACAAUAGAGAAUGGAUUCGAGAUAAUCUGCUUACCCUCGAAGCUUUCUCUUCCAAACACGGAUCGUUCCGCGAUAUUAGAGGCUAUUGCCUUGAUCAACUCUGUCAAAAUUCGGAUCUCGUAUUUAGGCCAACUGACAUCAAGGAAAUUAACAAGGGCGUUAUAAUUGAAUUGCUGAAACGAGACGAUCUAAUCGCAGAAGAAAUUGAUCUUUGGAAUUUCGUUAUUCAAUGGGGUGUUGCUCAAGUUCCUGGUGUUACCAAAGAAGAUGGGACCAUAGAUUGGACUAAAGAAGAGGAGGUCGGUAAAUUGAAAGAGGCCGUGCGAGAUUUAGUCUCUCUAAUUAGGUUCAAGUGGAUAGGACAUGAGGAUUUCUAUGAUAAAGUCAGACCCUGCAAACUGUUGUUUGAAAGUGAAGUGUAUGAAAAGACCAUGAAACACUAUUUUACGGUCAAAAACCAUGCUUCCUCACCAAUCCAAGUGCAAACUGGCUCGUUAACUCUUCAGGAGCCAUCCCCGGUUCCCCCCUCGCCAACCGUUUCAGAAUCGGCCCUUUCAUCUGGCUCAAAAGCCGAAUCUGCCAAGCCAAGAGCCAAAUAUACUAAUUUUAUCAUCAAAGAAAACGGUGAUUACGAGAGUCUCAUUUCCAGCUGGAUUGAUAAAAAGAAAUAUGACCAAGAUUACCAACCUUACAAGUUUAAACUCUUGUACAAAGGUUCGGCUAACAAGUUUUCCUAUGUAUCUUUCCACGAAAAAUGUGAUACCAUACCGGGCACCUUGGUAAUUGCAAGAAUUAAAGAUACGGGAGAACUCGUCGGUGGAUAUAAUCCUCGUAGGUGGAAUCCCAAAAAGGUUUCCGGUCGUGUUACCACUUCCACCUAUCCGAUAUAUUGUGCGAAGUCAUUCAUAUUUAAACUCGAUGGUGAAAAUGUGGAAAGAUCCAUAAUCAGCCGAAUCAAGGAACCCUAUAAUGCAUUGUGUCAUAAGAAAGAUUCGGGACCGAACUUCUACGACCUCGCAAUUUACAAUCAAACCACUCCAGUUACUUACGAACAAAAAUAUUAUGACACCGACUUAAAUCUGAAAGCCCAUUUAUUGGAAGAUUACGAAGUGUACAGGGUGUUGCAAAAUUAA